GGAGGGGGCCGGGUGGGAGGUGUGGCCUUGGCCUGCGCCGCCGACGGCACCGAAACCACUCGUCGGCGUCUGCUUCAGUACGCUCCAAACACGCCCGAUAUUCGCCGUUGCCAUUACGCGUGUUACGAGACGAUUCUUCAAAGAAAUCAUUUUCGAGAGUAUUGAGUUUCACUGCAUACAAGUAUUAAAGCUAUGGCUGACGGUGACAUGCACGAGUUGGCGCUGCAGCUAGUGAUGGACUGGCUGCCAACUCAAGACGUCGUCAGCGUUGGUCAAGUGUGCCGUAAGUGGCGGCAGGUUGCCAAAGAUCCAUUCGUGUGGCGGAAACGGCACGCACCCGACAUGAACCGAAAACCUACGCCACACGAGAGGAAGUUAUUCUGGCGGGUUGUAAAAUUUGCACCAUAUGUUCGCAAGAUGAGUGUGGAGCAGCCAGAAGGUCAACAGGAUAAAUCAUGGGCUGCCUUCUAUGAGAAGCUGGGCAAAGAGAUCUCAGUAAAGGCUCGCGGCCUCCGCAUACGAUAUGGACUUGAAGGACAUCCUACACCUCAAUGGGUACACAGGAUGCUACGUCGCCUCGGCCCGCACCUCGAUAUGCUGGAGGUGGAGAACCCAGGACCGGAGGACAGUGCCGUUAUUCGAGACUUAAUCCUGGGCGGAAGCUCGGGUCCUCGGAUUCUUCAUACUAGGACGUGGACGGACCAGCUCACAGAUGUGGAGGCGUGGCCGGCUGGAGAGACGCCGGCAUUGGAUGUGCUCCACAUCUCGCUUGUGUUUGCAGGCAGAGAGCUCGUGCGCGUGUUGGGACGUACGGCCUCGCGCCUCGAGCUGGAAAUAGACACAGAUCACAUCAUUGUGACCUCUGCACCACAAGACACAAGUUCUGGAUCAACUCUUCCACCAGAGCCAAGACGACAUCGUUUCGCAGGGAGACAUCGCCCAGACUCCGCCGAGGCUAUCGCAAGCAACGCCUGAGCCUGUGCUGCAACUCAGAGACACUUAAAAUGGCUUUCGGAAGGAUCUUUUAAGGCCAAAAAAAGACAUCCUAAAGCGAGCAUGCGGACACCGAGCAGACUAUCGAGAGACUUUAGAGGGACUGCCCGAAGACAACGCAGAGACUGCGAGUAGACUUCGUGGAGACAUCCAGGACUAUCAAGACAUCCCGGAGACACUAUAGAGACAUCCAGGAGACACUGUAGAGACAACGAAAAGACAAAAUAUAGACAGCCUGAAGACAGCACAGGUAUCUCUGCAUCAAAGGAGGGAUCCGCCUAGUCAUCAACUGCAUGUGUCCGCCGUGGCCCUGUGGAUACCGUGCUGCGCUCCGACACCGGGAGGGCGGGGGUUCGAGUUCCGCCCACUGCGACGUGUUCGCCUCUCUCCGUGCGCGUGUUCAGGCGGGUCGAUGUACCGUGCGCAUCACGCGGUGUGCCGUGCUGUUGAAAUCCAGUACGCAUCGAAUUUUUCCGCGCGCUGUUUCUUCGUGACCGGAGGACGUCUGUAGGUUGUUUUCAGGCUGUCUUUAUUUUGUCUUUUCGUUGUCUCUAUAGUGUUUCCUGGAUGUUUCCAUACGGUCCCCUGAAUGUCUCUACAGUGUCUCCUAGAUGUAUUUACGAGUUCUCCUUGCAAUCUCUGCUUUGUCUCCUCUGAAAUCCGUUUUGUGAUACUUUUACUGAAUUUUUGCGAUAACUUGUGUUUUGCGAUUCCCACGCUAAACGGUUUGAUAACCCCCAAAAUUGUGAAAAAAGUACCACAAUAAUGUGAUACUUUUAUAACAUGUUUGGGGGUUAUCAUGCCCUUUAGCGUGGGAAUCGAAAAACACUAGUUAUCACAUGGUUUCAUUGUUAAAAGUAUCGCAAAACCAGCCCUAGUGUCCGGGUAGUCCGAGGAGUCCCCAACUGUGGUCUGCCGGUGUACACACACUGUAAAAAGCUUACGAACUAAAUACUUCGCAACGUUACGAACAAUUUUCGUUGUAUGUAUUGCAAAGCGAUUGUUUGUGAGGCUAGACAGGGUCUUACGAACAAUCGGUUUGCGUUACGAACUAUUUGUUUGUAAGCUUACGGACAAUUAGUUCGGUUUCCCUGGUCUUCUAGAGGUUUUCUUAGUUUUCUUACGUUUUAUUCGGUCUUCCUGAGAUUUCUUUGUAAGGGAUUUCAAAGGCUUCAUGAGGUUCUCUUCGAUUUUCUCUUGGUUUUCCUGGGUUUUCUCUUGGUCUUCCUUGAUAUUAUCUUGGUCUUCCUUGUUCUUCCUGGCUUUCAAUUGCCAAUUUUUUCCUUGUCUUCCCACAACUUUUCUGGUCUUCCUAGAAUUUUUCUGUUCUUCCAACGAAUUUCUUAGUCUUCCCCUGAUUAAUGCGGUCUUGCCGGAUACUUUUCUGGUCGUCCGGAAACUCUUUGGGUUUUCCUUUAAAUUUUUGAGGUGAAAGUAAGUUAGGUCUUUCUUGUAUUUUUUUCAGUCUUCUUAGGUUUUAUUAGGUCUUCCUAGGUUUUCCACGUUUCUGGGCUGCCAGUGUACACGCUCGAACCUAGUUGCGGGGGUAGUCUCUGUAAUGUCUCUCGAUAGAGUGCUCGGUGUCCGCAUGCUCGCUUUAGGAUGUCUCUUUUUGGACUUCAAAGAUCCUUCCUAAAGCUAUUCUAAGUACCUCUGACCUCUGAGUUGCCACAGCACAGGCUCAGGCGUUGCUUGCGCUGGCCUCGGUGGAGUUUGAGCAAUAAUUAGGUUGUUUCAUUUUGAGGGGUCAAGUCACCAAAUUUUCUGAAGCGAAGUUCUUUUGAAUGUUUAUAGCAUGCCGAUACUCAUGGAGCAAAUCCGGGGUCUGUGCGAUGAGGGGAACCAGGCGCAACCCGCGCUUAAAGUUUUUUGGGCGAUUUAGCGGGUAUCUCGACUGACAUGUUCUCGGUCCCGCUGUGCCGCGGCGCCACUGUCGCCGACCGCACCCCGUCGUGUGGUGACUACCUAUGGUAUGUACUUUCUUUCAGACAUGGUCCGACCCGCCAUCCCCACCCUCUUCAGGAGCCAGGGCGUAAGUACUCAAAAACCGGGUAUCUCGCUCUAGGCCGAGUACCGUUGAUGAUAUAGAAACGCCGCCUGCUCGUAAACGGGG